AUGGAGUCGAUUUACUCUUUUCUCACCACCCGUGCGCUGUACCUUAGAAAGAGCCAUGGUGAUCAAAAUCGAGUCAUCGUGGCUCUAGCUGGCCCUCCCGGGUCUGGAAAAUCCACAAUCGCAGCUGAAGUUGUUUCGCGUCUCAACACAUGGGGCGCACUGCCCAUUGCAGCGGUGCUGCCAAUGGACGGUUUCCACCUUUCACGCGCUACCCUCGAUACAAUGCCCAAUAGCGCCGAAGCCUACGCUCGCCGAGGUGCCCCGUGGACAUUUGACGCAGCUGGUGUAGUGCGCCUCGUGGAAGAACUGGCAGAAUCAAGAUUUGGGGCGCAUAAGAAGACUAUAAUAGCGCCUAGUUUUGACCACGCAAUCAAAGAUCCUGUUCAAGGGGGCAUCACUUUGGGCCAGGAGAUUCAGUUUGUACUUGUCGAAGGUAAUUAUUUGCUGCUGGAUGAGGAGCCAUGGAAUAAAAUAAGGGAGCUGGUUGAUGAAACAUGGUUCGUGGACGUGGACCCAGCCCUGGCGACGGAGAGAAUUGCUAAAAGGCAUAUUCAAAGCGGUAUUGAGCUGAGUUGGAACGGGGCAUUGAGUAGAGCAAGGGAUAACGAUUUACUUAAUGGCGAUCAAAUUAGAGACAAGUUAUUGACUCCUGAUGUAAAGAUAGAGAGUAUAGAUAGUAAAAAAUGA